GAGGGCUUGUAUUCGGUGACUGCUCGAACGGAAACCUUCAUCAGAAACAAAAUGGCUGCAAGCGAAGUGAGUGAUGAUUCUUUGUAUCCAAUUGCGGUACUGAUAGAUGAAUUAAAAAAUGAGGAUGUUCAGCUCCGGUUGAACUCAAUUAAGAAGCUAUCGACCAUAGCCCUGGCACUGGGUGUGGAGCGCACCCGCACAGAGCUCAUACCGUUCCUCACCGAGACCAUAUACGAUGAGGAUGAAGUACUGCUGGCCCUAGCCGAGCAGUUGGGCAACUUCACGACCCUGGUCGGGGGACCCGAGUAUGUGCACUGCCUUCUGCCGCCCCUGGAGUCGCUGGCGACCGUGGAGGAGACGGUGGUGCGCGACAAGGCGGUGGAGAGUCUGCGCGCCAUCUCGCACCAGCAUAGUCCUGCCGACCUGGAGGCCCACUUCGUGCCCUUGGUGCAGCGGCUGGCCGCUGGCGACUGGUUCACCUCCCGCACCUCUGCCUGCGGCCUCUUCAGCGUCUGCUACCCCCGCGUCUCCGCCGCCGUCAAGGCGGACUUGCGCAGUCACUUCCGGACACUUUGCCAGGAUGACACCCCGAUGGUGCGCCGUGCCGCGGCUGGCAAGCUGGGCGAGUUUGCCAACGUGGUCGAAGUGGAGUACCUCAAGUCCGACCUCAUCCCCAUGUUCGUGAACUUGGCUCAGGAUGAGCAGGACUCGGUGCGCUUGCUGGCAGUGGAAGCGUGCGUCAGCAUCGCGACCAUCCUCGAGCAGGACGACACUGAACAGCUGGUGAUGCCGACCUUGAGGCAGUGUGCCGGGGAUACCUCGUGGCGCGUGCGCUACAUGGUGGCCGAGAAGUUCACGGAGCUUCAGAAGGCCGUCGGUGUGGAGAUCACGAAGACGGAUCUGGUACCAGCGUUCCAGGCACUGCUGAAAGACACGGAGGCAGAAGUGCGGGCAGCGGCCGCCCACAAGGUGCGGGACUUCUGCCAGAAUCUUGACGCCUACCAGAAAGAGACGAUAAUCAUGAACAGCAUCCUUCCGUACGUGAAGGACCUGGUUGCUGACCCCAACCAGCACGUGAAAAGCGCCCUGGCCUCCGUCAUCAUGGGCCUCAGUCCCAUCCUUGGCAAGCACAAUACUGUUGAGCACCUGCUGCCGUUGUUCCUGUCACAGCUGAAAGAUGAGUGUCCUGAGGUGCGGCUGAACAUCAUCUCCAAUCUCGACUGUGUUAACGAGGUGAUUGGCAUACAGCAGCUGUCACAGUCGCUGCUACCUGCGAUAGUAGAACUGGCAGAGGACUCAAAGUGGAGGGUUCGACUGGCAAUCAUAGAAUACAUGCCUCUCCUGGCGGGACAACUGGGCGUCAACUUCUUUAACGAGAAGCUCAACUCCCUCUGCAUGACUUGGCUCGUCGAUCACGUGUACGCCAUUCGGGAAGCAGCAACCAUGAAUCUGAAGAAGCUGGUGGAGAAGUUUGGUGCAGACUGGGCCCAGAGCACAGUCAUACCCAAGGUGCUGGAAAUGUCCCGCGACCAGAACUACCUGCACCGCAUGACCUGCCUCUUCUGCAUCAACGUGCUGGCAGAAGCAUGUGGCACGGACAUAACGGUAAAUGUCAUGCUGCCGACCGUUCUGAAUAUGGCGAACGACAAUGUCGCUAACGUCAGAUUCAACGUUGCCAAGACCUUACAAAAAAUUGCACCAGUGUUGGAUCAAAAUUCCAUUCAAAUGAAAGUGAAACCUACGCUAGAGAAAUUGCACUCUGAUGUUGACGUUGACGUUAAGUACUUCGCGUCAGAGGCUAUCGCGGGAAUUGCUGGGUGAAGAUGGCAACUCUCAUAGCAGCUAGGACGAUUGCACAUCUCCGCUUGCUGUUAACUAUUUGAGUGAAUAACAAGUGAAGACACAAAUUACGGUACUAUACGAAGUUCACUUUUCAGUUUAUAUUUGUGCUGUACAUAAACUUUUAGUUUGAUACCUUGCGUAAAGCUUCCCGGUAGGAGUGAUUUUGAAAUGGUGUCUACUACAGUUGGUCAUUUUUCAGUUGUGAAUAUUUUUUUUUUAAUGUCUACGUCAACAAAGAAAUAAUGUAAGUAACGACUGAACUGUUAUGAAUAGCCAGCGAGUUUUGAUGUUGCUUUUGGUGCAUAUUGCAUUUAUUUGUGAUAUUCACUUUUUGGUUUGCUGAACGUCUUUUGUUAUUACUUUUACAUGUAUGUAAAUAACAUAUUUAACAAAAUUUUAUUUCUCUAUGUCAUUCUAACAAACUCUGUUGUAACAUUCCUGUUUAUAACAUUUUCUCUUUUAAUUUAAUAAGCUACUAUUGCUUCAUUAUCAAUCCUGUUCAAUUUUAUUUUACCCUGUUUUAAAGUUCUUGUUUAUGUGAACAAUGUAUACAUGUUUGGGUCCACAGAGUAGUGUUAUACCAGGUUUCUGUUUAUUUGCCUAUCUACUAAUACCGUGACUGCUGGAAUUGCUAGGCUACCAGUGUCAUUUACUGAGCAACUUAAUUAUUAUGAAUUGUGCUCAUAGUUGGGUACAAAUGUACUGGCUGACAUUUAUUUUAUCAGCUAAACUUGAAAUAAGCACUAAAGUUUCCAAUAACAUAAAAGAAAUGUAAUGUGUAUAGUUGUUUUAACACAUUACUAGCACACACAUACAUACACACAAAAAUUCCUACAAUAAAAAUAGCACACACACAGGACUGAUAGAUGUUUACAUCAAACAGUUGAGAAAAUAAAAGGAAGUGAACAGUGAAAUUCGGGAAAUCUUCCGUGUGUUGGCAUUCUUGGUAUUGAUUUAAAAAAAUGUAGAAAUGUUUUGUUUUGUUGGUAUUACAGUUCUUAAUUGCUGUGCUUGCAGUGUUAUGUUUAGAAAUAAGAAUUUUUUUCUAUUAGGUGCCAUUUUUUUAUCACAAUGUUUGCAAAUACAUACAGUUAUUUUUUGUAAUGUGAUCAAAUUUUUUUCACAAAUAUUUUCCUAAAUACCCUAAACUGUUUACACGAGUUUCUUUUGCAAACACAUAAAACCAUUAUUUAAAGUCGGUUAAUUUCUUAAGACUGUCGAAUCAUCUACUCUUUCAAAAAUGUUCUUUCUUAUAUGUGCUCUGGGGUAUCCCAACUCUGAUUGGCUAUGCAUAGCGAACAGCAUACUGUGCUCAAGGAUUUGAAGAUACGUAUUGACAAACUUUUUUUCUGUGUGUGUGUGCUGUCACGAUUGUAGCUAUUGCCAUUACAAGAUGUGUUUUUCACUUCCUGUGCUUGUUCUAUAUCCUGUACUAAAUCAAUUAUAAGCCUGUAUCGAAUAGGAACACAGACAUUCAUGUACAUUAUAUGUAUAUAUUCAAGUAUAUGGUAGUUUAUAUAUUUCUAAGAAUGCAUGUAUUAUUUAUGUAAUUUCUUGGUAGCAACAUCUUACUGUAUUGGCAGGUUUAUCUAUUCUUACCACUAAUGGAAACAGCAUUAAAAAUAUAACUGUGAAUAUUUGUGUUUCUUUUUCAUUUCAAACUUUGGUUAUCAUCUUAUCUCUGUAUCAUUUAAACUCUAAAAGAAUUGGGGUUAGUGUCUGUCAUUUUCCAUGUCGCUCUGCUUGUUGGCAAAUGCAUGUAAUUAAAGUUUGCCAUGUAUUCUCACACAGUUUGUCAACUUGCAGAUGAAUAGAUAUUAAAACAUUUCAGUUUGGAAAAUCAGCCUCUGGGGGGGGGUUAAACUGAAAAUUAUCUUUAUAUAAUGGUAAGUCUAUGAUUAUGCUGAAUGUGUUAUUUUUAUUUCCUAAUAAAAGUCAUAAAAUUAUUAUGUAACUUUUGUUAAUACAGGAAGUGUGUGUACAUCCCUUGCAACUAAACUUAAACAAGUUCUGUUGUGUGGUAUUUUAUACUUACUGUACUAUCAAAGCACUUCAAAAAGUCUUCUGAUUGGCAUUUGGUUUCUGUGUAUGUACAUGAAGUAGCAGCAGAUAAUAAAACCCUACAUACUUAAGAACAGUAGUAUUUCAUUUUAUAAAUUUUUCUUGUGUUUUAACUUAACAUUUAUUUCCAACUAUGAGCAUAAAUGUUUUUCUGUUUUGGACACUGUAUAGCAGUUUUUGUUUACAAUCAUAGUAAUAAUGUAAGUGAAAAUAUAGCUUCAUUUGGUACACUCACUGUUUCGUAAUGUGUGAUUGAUCGAAGUUAGCUGUAAAGCAAUGUUAGAACGUGUACGUAUUUAUAAAUCUACUUAUUGUUCAUAGGUUAUUAAACUGACAUCUUGUGUUAUGUCUGCUCCUGUAGUUGUAUUUUAAUGAAUCAAAAAUAAAGUUCUUACUGUGUAAA